GGCGUAGUCGUUUUUACAUUAAGUGUUGCAGAUCGAAGGUGGAAUGUUGCCGCGUUGUCGUUUGCCGUUGAUGGGCUUAUUAAAGUUAGUCAGAGUUGUUUCCUCUUUCAUUUCUUUUUUUUUUUGUCUGGGGCGGUGCGGAAACCUCAAAGCGAAUUUAGUGCGCUCCCGCCCCUUCCGCAUCGCCCCGCCGCCCCUUUUCGGGGUUGUCCCCUCGCGUUUAUGACGACAAUGCGUUUGCUGUCAUAAUUAUUAGUCAAACACAAACAAUGAAUUUCAUAAUUUUCCCAUCAAUACGGUCCAACAGCCGGUUGGAGCGACGUUGGAGCGUUCGUAAACUUCGAAAGCGUUCAAACAUCCGCUCUUCCCGCACGCGCCGCUCGGGAAGAAUGCCCUACUCUUGGCCGGAGGAUGAGCUGGAUACUACGACAUAGCCUGUGGCACUAGGGUACUCCCAAGGGGGUCGCGAGGAGUGGAGGCACUCUGUGGAAAUGAAGCCGUCGCGCAUAAAGUGUGAAAUUGCUGGCAAUUCGCAGAGACGCUCCAUUCUCGGCGUUUCUCAGUCUUUGGAGGCUGUUUAGAGCCUGGACUAAUGGGAGAUGCCAGUGCACUCAGAGAAAUAGUUGGCACUAAGCUAUUUUGAAGAAUAUUGAUACGAUAAUUUGGAUGCUUGUUUGUAAAUAUAC